AUGAAGGAUGUAGUAAGAACUGAGGUGAUCAAACUUCUGGAUGCUGGAAUAAUCUACCCGAUAUCAGAUAGUAAAUGGACUAGUCCAGUGCAAGUUGUACCCAAAAAAGGAGGAAUUACAGUGGUUCAUAAUGAAAAGAACGAGUUGAUUCUGACAAGGACAGUAACAGGGUGGAGAGUUUGCAUUGAUUACCGCAAAUUAAAUACCGCUACAAGGAAAGAUCAUUUCCAUCUUUCGUUUAUAGAUCAAAUGUUGGAGAGAUUGGCAGGCCAUUCCCACUACUGUUUUCUGGAUGGGUAUUCGGGUUAUAAUCAGAUACCAGUGGCACCGGAUGAUCAGGAGAAGACCACUUUCACAUGCCCUUAUGACACCUUUGCAUAUCGAAGAAUGUCAUUUGGACUUUGCAACGCUCCUGCCACAUUUCGGCGAUGCAUGAUGGCAAUUUUCUCAGAUAUGGUAGAAAAAUUCAUUAAAAUCUUUAUGGAUGACUUCUCGAUCUUUGGGACCUCAUUUGAUGAGUGUUUGGAUCACUUAAAUUUGGUUUUGCAAAGAUGCAGAGAAACGAACUUAGCAUUGAACUGGGAGAAAUGUCAUUUCAUAGUUCAAGAGGGAAUAGUCUUGAGACAUAGAGUAUCGACAAAGGGGAUAGAGGUGGAUAAGGUGAAAAUUCAGGUUAUUGAGAAAUUACCACCACCUACAUCAGUAAAAGGAGUUCGAAGUUUCCCUGGGCAUGCCGGGUUUUACAGGAGGUUUAUAAAGGACUUCUCCAAAAUCACCAAGCCUCUGUUCAACUUGCUAAUGAAAGAGGUAUCUUUUGAGUUUGAUGAGAAAUGUUUGAUAGCGUUCAAUACUUUGAAGGAAAAACUCACAACAACGCCUGUGAUUGUGUCACCUGAUUGGGAUUUGCCCUUUGAGCUAAUGUGCGACGCGAGUGAUCAUGCAGUUGGUGUGGAUGCUAAGCCGAGAUUAAUCCAUUGGAUAUUGUUGUUGCAAGAGUUCGAUAUUGAGAUCAAGGAUAAGAAGGGCAGUGAAAAUGUGGUAGCCGACCACCUAUCAAGAUUGGAACGGGAUGAACUUGAGAUGUCAGUUGACAUCAAUGAAAUCUUUCCAGAUGAGCAAAUUUUUGGAGUAGAAAUAGUCCCAUGGUACACUGAUAUCGUUAACUACCUUGCUAAGUCCAUCUCGCCACCAGAGUAUUCUAGCCAUCAAAAAAAGAAGUUCUUUGCAAAGCUGAAGUAUUAUUUUUGGGAGGAUCCCAUUCUCUACAGAAGAGGCGCAGAUCAGAUAAUCAGAAGAUGUAUUCCUGAAGAUGAAACGGCUGCAAAGAUACUACAGUCGGGUUUCUAUUGGCCUACUUUAUUCAGAGACACGUUCGAGUAUGUGAAGAGAAGCGAUAAAUGUCAACGAACCGAAAAUAUCUCAAGAAGAAAUGAGAUGCCACUAAAUUACAUCUUGGAGGUUAAAAUAUUUGAUGUAUGGGGAAUAGACUUCAUGGGACCUUUUUCCCCAUCAUAUGGUACACCGAGGGCAAUAAUAAGUGAUGGAGGCAAACACUUCAUAAAUCGUCAAUUAGAGCAGCUAUUGAACAAAUAUGGGGUAAAACGUAAAGUAGCAACUCCAUAUUGUCGACAAACCAAUGGGCAAGUUGAAGUUUCGAACAGGCAGUUAAAAAGAAUACUGGAAGUUACAGUGAACUCAUCCCGAAAAGAUUGGUCUAAGAAGUUGGAUGAUGCACUGUGGGCAUACAGAACAGCAUUUAAGACACCUAUAGGAAUGUCUCCAUACCGCCUAGUUUUUGGGAAAGCGUGUCAUCUACCAUUAGAGUUAGAGCAUCGAGCAUUUUGGGCUAUGAAACAGUUGAAUAUGGAUCUCAAGGCUGCUGGUAAAAAACGACUGCUGCAACUUAAUGAAUUGGAUGAGAUGAGAAUGAAAGCUUACAAGAACUCAAAGUUGAUCAAAAAGCGCACCAAGAGAUGGCAUGAUUUAAAUAUUCAGAGGCGAGAGGGCAGAAAGAUGCCGUCGAAGAGAACAUCAAAAGGUAAAGAAAAAGUUGGUCCCUCCUCCAGCAUAGCCCACACCAGAGAGCUUGUAGGAGGUGUACAAAGAUUCCAUGAUGCAGAAACAUUAGCUAGAUAUGAGAACAUAAUACGCCAUUGGGGCAUGAUACCAGAGAGAAAGGUCUAG